CAUCAGAUUUCAGGGUUUCGAGAAUUGCAUCCCGAUCACGAUCUCACGAAUCACUAUUUUCAAUAUUACCUACUGCUCGACUUGUUUAUUGUUUAUUUGUUGUUGUUUAAAAAUCCAAUAUACCUAUAUUUUUUGGAAAGUUAUAUCUAUUAAUCCAGAAUCAUGGCAGAGGCUGAUAAUAUUUCAACGUUUAGUGUUGAUGGAGGGCAAGACACGGUUGGUCUGCCUCGAAUCGUAAUGGUGACGGAGGGAUCUGAUACUUCUGCUUCUUCUCCGUCGUCCAGUUCAUCUUCAGAGGACAACUGGGCUGAUCUCAUCAAAUCCACUGAAAUCCCCCCAGAAUAUUGGCACAUCCAGAAACUGGUGAAGUACAUGAAAGCUGGUAACCAAACAGCAACUAUGGUAGCGUUAUCUUGUCUAAAGGAUCACGACUUGACUAUAGAAGUAAAUCAAAGAGCAAUACAAGAAAUCGGAGGUCUGGAACUCUUGGUUAACUUACUUGAGACGAGAGAUCUGUGUUGUAUUUUGGGAGGAUUGGCUGUGCUCAAAGAUAUAUCUCCAAAUAUUGAAAUAAGAAAGAAGAUAACAGAUCUAGGCGCUAUUCCUCUACUUGUUGGUCUGUUGUCAGAUCCAGCGAGGGAUGUUCAGAUCCUUGCAGCAGAAACGAUUGCUAAUUUAGGAAAAAUUCGUAAAAGUAGAAAAUUUUGUAGAAAGUUUGGUGGGAUUCCAAAAUUGAUAGAUUUGUUAGACAUAAAAGAAAGAUAUUUAAUCACACCGAGGGAGGAACUCAACCAAGAUGAGCUACAAUUUCUAGACGUAGCACGAGCCGGAGCAAAGGCUCUGUGGUCAAUGUCAUCUUCACAACGAAACCGCGAGGCGAUGAGAAAGUAUGGCAUAAUUCCUCUCCUCGCUCGAUUGCUCAAGACCAUUCAUUUAGAUGUAGCGGUACCAGCAGUUGGGCUGUUACAAAUGUGCGCUAACGAAACUUCCUUUCAGCUCGCUAUACAGACCGAAAAGAUGGUUAAAGAUUUGAUUAUUCAUUUGGCAAAUGAAGACAAGGACUUGAAGACAUACUGCAGUUUAGCUAUAUACAAAUGUGCAAGUGACUCUAUAACAAGGGAUAUGAUACGAGAAGCUGGAGGUCUCGAGCUAUUAGUGGAAGCAGCACAAGAUUCAACAAACAGGUCUAACAAACCUCUAAUGGCUGCGGUUACUGGAGCUCUAUGGAAAUGUGCUAACAGUGAUGCGAGUGUUAAAAAGCUUGACAACCUUGGUGCAGUCCCUAUUCUUGUAAGGUUAUUGGAUGACGAAAAUGACGGGGUUCUGACGAAUGUCGCAGGUGCACUUGCGGAGUGUGCAAAAUAUCCACCUAACCGUGACAAGAUAAGAAGUUCUGGAGGCAUCCCGAUGUUAAUACACCAUCUAAAUAAUACCUAUAAACCGUUACUGGAGAACGUACCCUUGGUCCUCAUGGAGUGUGCUAAAGAAGAGACCUGCAUGAGAGAAAUCGAUGAAUUAGAUGGAGUUCGAUUGAUUUGGUCACUGCUUAAGAACGACUCUAAAAAGGUGCAGACUAACGCAGCUCUAGCAUUGAGCCCGUGUGUUCAGAAUGCGGCAGAUUCUGGGGAAAUGGUGCGAUCAUUCGUCGGAGCUCUAGAUCUCGCUGUCGAUUUACUGGACUCUGAUGACCAUAACGUUCUAUCUGCUGUUUGCGCGGCGAUCGCUACUAUUGCUCACGACCAGGAAAAUUUAGCUGUGAUUUCCGAUCAUGGUGUUGUAGCGAAGCUUUCGAAACUUGUUAGCACAACGGACGAUCACCUGAGAGCCAACCUGGGUGUUGCAAUCGCCUACUGCUGCGAAUGGGCACAAAAUCGCCAGGAGUUCGGGAAGCGUGGUGCCAUCACUCCGCUGGUGAACUACAUGACUUCAAGAGACCCCAACGUCCACAGAUCGACUGCAUUGGCGCUGUACCAUCUCUCAUUCUACUCAAUUAACUGCGUCACUAUGCAUGCGGCUGGGGUGGUACAGUUUUUGCUGGAGACGAUAGGGUCCAAGGACCCGGUCCUGCAGGAAGCAUCCGCGGGCUGUCUCUGCAACAUACGCAAGUUGGCGCUGGCCACUGAGAAGGUGAAACUGAAGCAAUGAAGGUGCUUAAUUUACAUAAUAAAUGUAC